CCCCUCCGGAAAGUCAAGUCCGCAGCAGGAGCGCCUAAACUGGCUCCUGCCUCGGCUGUACAGGGCUCACUCGUCUUCAAGCGGCAGAGGAAUGAAACGCCCUAGAAAAGAACAUUCUAACAAAUAAUAUCACUUAUUUUUGCCUCUAAAUUGCCUUGACGGUACGUGAGAAUCCUUUGCUGAAAGCCACAUCAAAGAUUCAACUAUGCCUUGGAUCCAUCACAGGGAUCUUCCGUGGUUAAAACAGGAAACAUCAUGCAGAAGAGAGUAGGCAAGGCCCAAACUUAUAAUCAAGCCCUGGAUGGAGGAUGGGGAUGGAUGAUUGUGCUUCACUUUUUCCUGGUAAAUGUGUUUGUAAUGGGGAUGACCAAGACUUUUGCAAUUUUUUUUGUGGUCUUUCAAGAAGAGUUUGAAGGUACCUCAGAGCAAAUUAGUUGGAUUGGAUCCAUCAUGUCAUCACUUCGUUUUUCUGCAGGUCCCCUGGCUGCUAUUAUUUGCGAAACGCUUGGAGAGAAAGCUACCUCCAUUCUUGGGACGACACUUGUUGCCGGUGGCUAUCUGAUCAGCAGCUGGGCCACAAGCAUUCCCUUUCUUUGCGUGACUAUGGGGUUUUUACCUGGUUUGGGGUCUGCAUUCUUGUACCAAGUAGCUGCUGUGGUAACUACCAAAUACUUCAAAAAACGACUGGCUCUUGCUACUGCUAUUGCCCGUUCUGGGAUGGGACUGACAUUUUUAUUGGCCCCCUUUACAAAAUUCCUGAUAGAUCUUUAUGACUGGUCAGGUGCCCUUAUAUUAUUUGGAGCUAUUGCAUUGAAUUUGGUGCCUUCUAGUAUGCUCUUAAGACCUAUUCAUAUCAAAAGCGAGACCAAUUCUGACAUUAAAGUUAGCAGUUUGUCUGCAAGUGGUCCAGAGGCACUGUGUGGGACAGAAACAUCACACUGUAAUGAGACACAAGAGUUUUUCAUCAAGGACAGUGUUAUGCAGAGAGCUGAACAACCUGAUAAAACUUUUACAGUUUCACAAAAUCAAAGUGAAGAGUUCAGCAAUGGGCCUAACAGGAACAGACUGUUACGAAUGAGUAAUGAAGAAAACUGCAAGCAAAAGGCUGUUUCAUGGAGCUACAAACAAAAACUCUUUGACAUUUCUCUCUUGAAGAAUCCUUUCUUCUGCAUAUUUACCUGGUCUUUUCUCCUCAGUCAGUUGGCAUAUUUUAUCCCUACUUUUCACCUCGUUGCCAGAGCCAAAACACUGGGGAUUGACAUCAUGGAUGCCUCCUAUCUUGUUUCUGUGGCUGGUAUCGUUGAGACAGUCAGCCAGCUUAUUUCCGGAUGGGUUGCUGAUCAAAACUGGAUCAGGAAAUAUCAGUACCACAAGUCUUACCUCAUCCUCUGUGGUAUCACUAACUUGCUUGCUCCUUUAGCCACCACGUUUUCACUACUUAUGACCUAUACCAUCUUCUUUGCUGUUUUUGCUGGUGGUUACCUGGCACUGAUACUUCCUGUACUGGUAGAUCUGUCUAAGAAUUCUAGAGUACACACGUUUUUGGGACUGGCUGGUUUCUUUGCUGGGAUGGCUGUGCUUUCUGGACCUCCUAUAGCAGGCUGGUUAUAUGAUUAUACAGAGACAUACACCGGCUCUUUCUACUUCUCUGGAACAUGCUAUCUCCUCUCUUCACUUUCCUUUUUCUUUGUACCACUGGCUGAGAGAUCGAACAGUGAACAGUUUCCAGAAGAAAAGAGGACUACAGUCAAGUAAAAGCUUAACAAAAGAAAAUCUAAAUAAGUUUUGGGAAACAAAAGCUUGGAAGAAGAUCCCUUGUUUAUAAAAUGAGAAGGUAAACCAGAUAGUUUUUCUGUUUCACCUUAUUUUGGCCUUCUGAAGAAUAUCCAUCCUAGUAAGAAUAAGAGCAAAUUAGUUAAAGCAACUACCUUAUAUAUUAAGUAAAAAGAAAAGUAUACGAAAUUAAUCCAAACUCUCAACUGUACCUAGAUAAUUUAAUCACUAAAUUGAAAAAAUUUUUUAACUUACAGAAGUAUUAAAUAUAGCCACUAGUUGACUAGAACUUUGGAAUCUUAAUGAAUACCCAAAAUUUGCUUAGUGAUUGGAAUGGUAUACACCUCCCCAAAAGUUCAUCUUUGUUUACUGAUAAGAACUAAUUUUCUCUGUAUCAUUUUGUUUCUAAAUUUCUAUGAUGAACAUGUACUGCUAUGUAAUAAAAAAUAAAAAAUUAUUUUAAAAAACCCUUAACAUCGUAAUUGUACUCCUAAACAAUAUCACUGCUGUUCCAUCUAAACACCAUUACUUAUUCACUACAUUUGAGUAUUGAAAAUAUUUAUGUUAAAUAUCUAGAGGUCUCUUAAGAACUACAAGUUUCGGGGCCAGGGAUAUAGCACAGUGGCACAGCACUUGCCUGGUAAGCACAAGGUCAUGAGUUCCAUUCCCAGUACCACAAAAAGAACUAUAAAUUUUCUAUAAUAGUUGAAUAGGUGGUUUUAAUGGGAAGUAUAUUUAAAUUAAAAGAUGUUUAUUAUAUAUCAGAUAAUUGUGUUAACUAAUUAAUAAUGUCACUUAGAAUAAGCAGGAACAAAAAAAAAAAGAAUAAGCAGGAACAUAUAAAUAGCCCUCCAUUAUUUAGGUGAUCUCUAUGAGUAAAAAAAAAAAAAAAAACACUUUCUCUAACACCAAUCUCCCUUAAAACCUCCUUCAGAAUGCUUCUUAAACUAUUAUCAUCAUCAUUCCAUCUUUCAGCCUUUGAACAUCUAUUGAUUCCCUAUUGAGAAAAUCCUAGCCUGAAAGCUUCAUUUCAGCUCAAAGAUGCCAUACCUUCCUUCUAUGUAUCCUUUGUCCAAGCAUUGCCAACUGCUGCAAUCCCACUGACUUGCCUUUUUCUAUCAGACACACCCUUAUUUAAUCAUUUACAAUCUGACUCAAAGGUUCACUCCUUUGGAAAACUUUCCCCAGGAUCUGGAACCCUAUCUAACCUAUCUAACUUUUAAACAGAGGACUCCAUGAUCUCCUAUCAAUUUUGUCCAUUAGACCAACAAGGUGGUAUUUUAUUCAUUUUUGUAUUCUCCAAGGCUUUAAGCUUUGAAACCAAAUUAAGCUGGGCUAGGGCUGGG